CUCAUGAAGUUAGUCACAUAGAGAACAUCGUCGCGGGCUGUCGUGUCGAUCAGUGUAUAUAGUGAUACACGAGUGCUACGAUGUGGGCUGCCAACGGCGUCGUGCCCGCUGAGCCGGCGCGCGACGUCGCGCUCAUGGACGAGCGAACGGUGUCCGCGAUAGCAGCGGUGCCUGCGCCGCACAUUGACACCAUCAACGUUACCCAGUCCUCCAAAGUCCACGUUGGUACUAAAGUCGUAUCCAUUACGCAGAAUGUCCACAACAAGGAAAUGCUAAAAGGCCGCUUUCUGGGCCUCGAACUGGUGUCUUCAAAACACUCACGUCGGCUCCGCUGCAGUGUGGCGGUCUUCGUGUGUUGGGCGUUCUUGGUCGUGUCUGGCCUGGUCAUUUACCUCAUCUACGUCGCUUUACCUAAACCAACACGGCUAGAUAUAGGUCUAAAUGCGACUUGGUACCUGCGGCGGGACGAGUGGCAGGCCUUGGCCUCUAACGGGGAAGACUUCUUGAAGCUGCCACUCAGCUAUGUCAUCAUCGGCCAUUCCGCCGCCAACAACUGCACCGAAAGAUACAUGUGCAUCAAGGAGAUGCUCGAUAUCCAAUUGGACCACAUGAAGCUCAGUUUCGCAGAUAUAGGACCAAACUUUUUAGUCGGUGGUAACGGUGAUGUGUUUGAAGGCAGAGGUGCGAACGUAUUCGGAGCUAUGGUCACCUCUUGGAAUAGAAGGAGUAUAUCGAUUAUGUUUUUAGGGAACUACGUAACUUUUGAACCAAGAGAGCCGCAGUUCAAUCAUACGAACAUUCUUCUGGAAACGUUAGUGAAGGAAGGUGUGCUGCGACGGGACUAUGUUUUGUACGGUCAGUGUCAGCUUCUGCCGCAGACGAUCAGUCCCGGACCUCGUCUGGUUGCUCAACUAGGACAUUUUAAGCAAUGGAAUAAAACUGGCAAAGAGGGCUGUUUGCACGGUUAGACUGAUUUUGUGCGAAGUUUUGUGCACGUUCUGUUAAUCUCGUUGACUGUUUCGUACUUUAGCAUUUAAUUUUCAAUAGUUAUUGUAACUAAAUCAGUAAUUAAUUGUUAUCAGUGACUUCUGAAUUAGGUCAUAUUAUAUUCAGCGUAUAUAUUCGUACGCAUUUCCGCAUUAAAUCCACAAAACUGGCGUAAAAUGAGGACAAGAUAAGAUAAGAUAGGAUAUUUUUAUUUACACAAAUAUGGAUUUGUAAAUACGUACAUAUUUGGUAGGUAAAUGAAGUUUAGUUCCGACAUUUUGUUACAUGUUAUUUUUUAUAAUUAUUACUUCAAUGAAUGAGGGAUGUGGGGACUAAAUUUAGACUUAGAUUAAUAAGAGUAUUUAGAUUUCUGUGAACAAUAUAAAAAAUGUUUUUAUAGGAGUAAAAAGAGAGUAUUAUGUAAUUAAAAACGAUGCUUAUGAAAAAUGAUCAUAAAAAAAUCUAGCGUAGGUAUUUGAGAUCUUUAAUAUUAAAGUAACAUUGAUUAUUUUUCAAACAAUUUCAACUGUUUUCAAUUAAUUAUUAUUUACAUAUACGUAACUUUGUUUUAAGCUUUAAAAUUAUGUAGUAAGUCGAGUGACAUAGAAUGUCAUUAUUAUUCGUUUCUAAGAUACUGAGUAAAGUUAGAGAGUAAGUUGUAAAGUAAAGUUUUACUUGUUGUCGUACAAUUAAGUGUUUGGCUAUGGUCUCUACUGAUGUUAAGUGACAACGCUUCGUGCGAUUAUUAUUAUCGUGCGGGCGCAGUUUCCACUAACACAGGGUUUUUUUUAUUAUUUAUAACACUUUAUUUGCACACCACAGAAAAAACAAGAUACACAUAGAACAUAUUAUUAGUACCCUCCUUGGGAACUUAUAAUCGUAAAUGAAGCGAUACUUCAAGUUUUCCAUUUUGUAAACUGCACUCAGUUUACAAAAUCAAAAACUCGAAAGACGUUACUAAAAGAGGAAAAAUCAAAUGAAUUAGGAUUUUCAAAACAGAAAAUCAUGAGUAAAUAGUUAACCUAAGGGGAGAUAUUUGAGAUAAAAUUGGCAAGACGACAAAACACCAAUUUCGUCUGUAAGGAUAAAAGUAUUUUUGAUUACCAAUGCUCCUUGGCACUUCAAAAAUGAUCGCCUGCAUCGUGAACUAAAAAUUAAAACUAUGAAGACAGAAGUUGCACACUCAAUGAAAACAUACCAAAAGCGUAUUCGUAAAAAUCCAAAUCAACUUGCAAGGAACCUAACGAUGAAGAAACCUGGUUAAUCAGUCAUGUCAGUCAGUUCAGGUCAUGAAAUAGACACUACAUUAUUAUAUUUGGUCAAAUCACUGGAUUUUGCACCUAACACGCCUUAAUACAAAUACCUACUUAAAAUCCCGCUGAAUGUCUCAUGACAUAUUGCAGGAAUAUUGAGAGACUAAAAAAUAUAUACAUACAGUCGAACGUAGAACCUCCUCCUUUUUGGAAGUCGGUAAAAAAAAAAGUAUUUUACUAAAGACAGACUAAUUUCAAUUUCAAUUUUCUUUCAGGCAAUUAGGCUUUUUGUGUCUGUGUUAAUGGAAACCUAACUUUAUUUAUAAAUUAGUGUAUUUUAUAAAAAAUAUUAAAGUAAUUUUGAUUAAAUUUUAUUAUUUAAGUUAUUAGGCUUUUUAUUUAGAAUUGUAAAUAUAUAGCUUACGAUACGUUGUCUCGAUAGUAAUAAUGUGUAUGUUAUGAUUAUAGUGCUUUUCCCUAAUUUUUGUUCAUUAAUGCACACAAAGCAUUCAAUACGAUUUACCGAGACUGAAAUUUCGUUUGAAAAUAAUUCAUUUCAGAUUAUACAAAUAAUAAUAAAAAAACUCCGCCUUGGCAUCUCUUGUAUGAAACAUAUAUUUUAUACUUGUAAUAAAGUAAGAGGUUUAGCAAAAACAUACUAUGAGUUUAAUUUAAAUAAAAUCUUAUCGGGGUUUACUUUUUUCUAGCAUUUUUUGCCAAGCCCAGCCGUGGACGUCCAUCGGUUGUUAAUAAUGAAUGAUGAUUGAUUUAUUGGUCAAUUGCCUAUCAUACAUUCUUAAACAUUAAGAUUGUUAGACACUAAGCGUAAACAUUAUAGAUGUAAUCAUGGAGUAAAAGGCACUCGGCAUUGUAGUGAACGUUUAUUCGUUAAGACCUCGUCUCCCUUUUGAGCUCGAGUCUGCUCUCAGACUGAGAGGGGUAGAACUUUCUUUUCUAUACCACAAAAUGUGCACAAUCGAAAAACUGGAGGUGCAUGCCCCGGACCGGAUUCAAACUCGAACCCUCCGGAAUCGGAGGCAGAGGUCAUAUCCACGGGGCUAUUACGUGUCUACGAUAUUAACACGUCCAUACAAAGAAGACUUCGUGACUAAACUGACGAGACGUGAAGUUCAAUUUUAUCAAUUUCAUAGAAUUGAACUUGUUUCGAAAUAAUAUUAUUUCUCUCCCAAGAAAUGCAACACUAAUAUGGGUAAUAAUGGCGGAUUGAUGACGUGAUCAAUGGUGUAGUCGAUUUGACGUUUGCUGUCAAUUGUCAUGUCAUAGUUGCUGUAUGGACGCCAUCUUGAUUUAACUAAAAACAUGGGUUUUAAUUUUUUUUUUUUUUCAUUUAGUCACAGAGGAAAUACAAUAGAUCGAGCAUUUAGUUGGAAUCAUUCACUUAUUUAGAUUUUAAUAAAAUCCUUGUAUUUUUAAAUUUUAAUGAUACGGGAUACAAGAGUGGACCUGAAAUGGACCAUCUCCUUGGGACCUAAUUUGAAAUAUACCUUUACUUAUCCUUUCUAUUUAAAAGAAAGAAAGAAAGAAAAAAAUAUCCAAAUCGGACUACUCAGUAAAAAGUUACACGUGUUCAUAAAAAAAAUAUAUAUACACAUCGAAUUGUCAUUUUUCGUCGGUUGAAAAUAUCAUUUCAUGAAAUGGAUUUUUUAUUGUAUACAAUUGUUUGUAUAUUUUGUUUGUGUACUACUCUAUAGUAAAAUUACACUUUCAUUUAAUUUUAAUCUUGUCCCGUAUCGUAAAUUGUGUUCAUUAUUUUUACGAAAUUAAUCGUAAUCUAGCCUGAGAUACACUAAAUCUGACGAUACUUGAUCAAAAUCCUAACAUUGACCCUUGACGACAUUACCAAAUGUAAGCAAACGCUCGCGGUUUUACGCUUGCAGUUCCCGUAACCGUGGGAAUCUAUAUAUAUAAAAGAAAGUCGGGUUUGUUAGAACACUUAUAAAUCGAGAUCUGCUGGACCGAUUUUCAUGGUUUUUGAUUUGCAUUUGUCUUCGCCAAGAAUAGCAGAAUACAUCUUAAAAACAAUGAAAAUUCGAAAUAUAAUUUUCCAUAAAAUGUUACAUUGUUUACCUGUCAUACAUUUGUUUUCCAUCCUGUGAAAUACUGUUUAUGAUGUAUAUUAUGAUUAAUAUUUAUACGUGCGUUCGGAAAUACUGACAAAUGAUUAAUAUUUACGCGUGCGUCCAUAAAUUUAUUUUGUGUAAAUUAAAGUUUCUAUUUCCGAAAUCAAUUUUUAGAUUUAUUCUAUUGGUUAACGAAUGCGUAAAUGUCUUUUUAUGUACUAUUCGUUGUAAUAUCCAAUCCAAAUGUUUAGGCUUUGUUGGGACUAUUUAGUAGAUGGAUUAUGUGAAGUUUUCACAAAAACGGUUGUCAAUUAUAUCUUUCUUCGCAAGUUCUCUCGUCAGGGGUUACCUGGUAGAGAUUACUUUUAGUAAUAAGGCCGCCUUUGCAUGCUAAGUUUAAUUUGUCUUUUUAUUGUUUUAAUUUAUAAUUGUAUUUUUGUGUGGAAUAAAGUAUUUCUUCUUCUU